CAAACAGGAAGAGAACAUCCAGCUGUUAGCCAAGCAGCUAGCUCGUUAGCUUUGUGUACCGCUGGUCCAGUAAUGACACGGCUUCCAGGGUCGGGAUCGAACCGGUGUAGUGUCGUCAUGCUGUGUCCGGAGGAGUGACCGGAGCCGCGGAACCGACCGAACCGAACCGUCCUCCACUUUCCUCCGCUGCCAGCGUAGAAACGAGGUGUGAAUGAGUGACGUGGUGCCUCCCACAGCUCUCAGUGACGUCCAGCUCCGCUUCCUCUGCCACGAUGACAUAGAGAACGUCAAGCUGCUCUGCGGUGAUUGGUUUCCAAUCGAGUACCCAGACUCAUGGUAUCAGGACAUCACCUCCAACAAGAAGUUCUUCUCCCUCGCUGCCACCUUCAGAGGAGGCAUCGUGGGAAUGAUUGUGGCUGAGAUCAAAAGCCGGACCAAAGUGCACAAAGAGGAUGGAGACAUCCUGGCCUCCAGUUUCCCUGUGGACACACAGGUAGCCUACAUCCUCAGCCUGGGAGUGGUCAAAGAUUUCAGGAAACAUGGCAUAGGCUCCCUACUGCUGGACAGUUUGAAGGAGCACAUCUCGACGACAGCCCAGGACCACUGCAAAGCAAUUUACCUUCACGUCCUCACCACUAACAACGCUGCCAUCAAGUUCUAUGAGAACAGGGACUUCAGGCAGCACCACUACCUGCCCUACUACUACUCCAUACGAGGGGUCCUCAAAGAUGGAUUCACAUACGUGCUCUACAUCAACGGGGGUCAUCCACCUUGGACAAUAUUUGAUUACAUCCAGCACAUUGGCUCGACCCUUGCCAGCCUGAGCCCGUGCUCCAUCCCACAGAGGCUGUACCGACAGGCCCAGUCCUUGCUCCGCUCACUGCUGCCCUGGUCCAACAUCGCCUCCAAGACUGGUAUCCAGUACAGCAGAACCAUGUGACACAGCCUGGAGUGCAGGUGCUCCAUUUUCCAUCGGUCUUCCCCUGUACAGACAAAGAUGUACACACAUUCGCUCACAUUCUGGAUCCUCUCUCUCUCUCCACACCCUGCAGGACUCAGGUUCAACCUGUACUCGACCGGUCACGUACCAGAGUAUUUCUCCAGAUUCUGUACCUGUGUGGCACUUUUCACUUAAGGUCCGGGUUUGCAGCUGUAGUUGUGAACCCACUUCUAAACAGGGUUGUUGCAUUGCAACAUUAUUCACAGUGCAAUGUGGUGUUUACACUGACAGACGGUGUACUCUGGUAAAACUCUGGUUCCCUCGGCCACGUUGGGCAUGUAGUCACUGUGAUGUGUAUGAGAGUAGAGAACGUACAUGUUCAGUGAGCAGUCACAAUUAUUAAACCCCAUUAACAGACCGGGCCUCCUCAGUCCACUGCAGCUUUUCAUAGCUUUUCUACUGGUUUUUAUUCAGAAGUCCAACACGACCACAUGAUGUCGGGUCAGUCUGGUACCAAUGUCAGAGGAUUACUUUUAACAGGUGAACUGAUCAAAUCAAUCGAUCCAAAUUCUUAUUGUUGAUUAAAUGAUUAAUGGAAACAUCUCUGGUUACUAUAGAAUCCCAUAUAUAAUACUCUAUUCCAUAGUUACUAUAGUUAACUGUGUUUGCUCAGUCAUACCAAAGCUGAGCAGGAUCAGAGCAGAGUGCACCACACACACACACACACACACGCACACACACACACACACCGUGAACCCUACAGAGGCUAAAGGUUUAAACCCAGCUUACCUGUCUCCCUUCACCCGGUUCACUACUGUCACAGAGACUAUGUAUACUGUUUGUAUAUUAUAUAUACUAAGCUAAUAUAUAAAUUUUUCCUCUGAUAUGUAUAUGUCUAUUCUAUGCUGUCGUUAGCCCUAGUUGGAAGAUCACCCAUCCGUUUUCAUUUUUUCAGUCCAUUCCGGUUUGUAAAAUUGACCCUCUGCAGAAUUGGACUGUGAAUCUAGAUAUGCUAAUAUGCUAGUGUCUUAGAAUAAAGCUAAUUAUACACAGGAAACCGUCAGAGACACAAUGUAGAUGAGUAGUACAGUUGAAAAAGAUUUGAAAAAAGGAUUCUUUGCUCUUGCAAAUGAAAUUAUCAACAACCGUACUACUGCAUAAACAUCCAAACGUGUCAUAGUAUAGUGAUAUUCAGGAUUACAACACAGUACUAUGGUUUUAUCCUCUUUUUAUUCAAGUAUACGGUCCUUCAGUUUGAGAGCAGGACUUAUUGAUUUCAUCUUUAGAUUUCUAAUGAUUUCACACUUCACACUAUCACUUCUUGUGCUUAGAUUUCCUUUGAAACUUCUUCUCUCCGAUUUGUUUCUGCUGCACUUUGAUAUCAUUUUUUUGCAACAAGUCAAAAUUGCCCCACCAGCAGAAUGCAUUGGUCCCGCCCUGGUCCUGAUUAUUUUUUGCUGCUGCUGCUCUUCCUUUAAAAUGCAAAGAAAAAAGAACAGGGCGGCGUCUAUUUUGUUUUUACAGUUGCAGUCAGAUGUCACGUGAACCAGGGAUUUGCUGGAAUCCUGUUUAGAGAAGGUGUCAUAAUUUUUUUCCUCAAACACACUGACAGGAAACCUGGUAUAUUUGAGUACGAGCACAAGGUUUUGAGUACAUGUACACAAAAGUACGUAUAAUCUAUAAGUCCUGCUCUCAAACUAAAAGACCACACUCUGGAAAAUCCUACAUAGAGAUAUAGUUCAGAUAAUGAUCUUUCUGCGUUGUGUCACAAUGUUGCCUGUGUAUAAUUCAUACAAGAGUUAGGAAGAUCUCCUGGAAUUGUUAUUUAAAAGAUUUUAAAUUGUGCUGUAUCUGACAAUAGACCCAUCAUUCUGCUCCUUGGCUGUAAAACUGCUGCUAAUGUAGAGCAAUGUCCAUUUGUUUGUUCAGAUUUUUAAGAAUAUGGCCCAGAUUAGAGUUUUGUUUUUUUCAGCCUGUAGAAGUGAUAAAAUGAAAAGGAUGUAAACACACGCGUCGCACACUGUUGUUAGCCUGUGUGCGUGCAGGUGUGCAUGUGUGGGUCUGUGUGUGUGGAAGAAAGACAUGGGAGAGCUCACCCAAUGUGUUGACUGGUUCAUCUGCUCUACCUUUAAUUUCUCGGUUCUUCUGCAUUUUGUUUUGUGUUGCUCCUCAAAACGACUGAAUCCUAAUCCUUUGUUUCAGCCGUGAGCAGAUCUGAGAGUUUUAUACAUGACAGAGCACUGACGAGCCGGGGGGGGG